GAGAAGUCCACGCGACGAGAUAAGGCGCGCGCGCCACGCCCACCACACAGGCGCCGCGGCAUCCGAGUGAGCUCGCUCCAUCGACGGUGGGCAUGGGGGCACUACCCGUCGCCCACAGGCACCUCGCUCUCACCUCCCCCUUCCUCCCGCUCCCGCGCCGCGGCCGGCCCAGCUGCCCUGCGUUCCACGGGCGGCGGCGCCGGCGCCGGCAUGGGGCGGCGGUGGUGGCGUACAUGGAGCCGAACCCGAACUCGCCGGCGGCCAUCGCGGGGCGCCUCGUCGGCGCGCUCCCCGUGGUGGGACUCGUGGCGCGUAUCCUGAGCGACGAGGGCGGCGUCGGCGGUGACAUCAUCGACUUCGCCGAGUUCCGCCGCCGCGUCAGCAAGAAGUGCACCGUCAUGGACUCGCAGGCCUUCUACGACUUCAACGAGCGCCGGGGCAAGCCGGGAGAUCCCUUCUACGUCCUGCUGUGCUGCUGGCUGGCCGCCGUCGGCGCCGGGCUGCUCAAGACGGAGGAGAUUUUGGAAGGCGUGGCGCGGCUCCGCAUUUCCAACGACAUCGAGUUUGAGGAGGAGACCUUCAUCGAUAUGAUGAGGGCGGCAAAGGAGAAACGAGCAAAGCUCAAGGCUCCAGCCCCGCAGAUAGCCAUGGAGACACGGGCGGAGAAGGCCCUGGAGGCCAUCUACGUCUGCUGCUUCGGGCAGGACAUGGUCGAGGAGGAAGACGAGAAGCUCCUCCGCACGAUACUGAACGCGGUCUUCCCGUCCGUCGGGAGGCCGGCGGUCGAGAGGAUGGUGGCGUCCAUGGCCAAGCAGGUGGCCUCCGGCGAGAGGAAGCGGGACGGGAAGACCGUGUCCAAGGAAGUUCAACAGCGGCAGCUCAAGGACCUGGAGUUUCUGAAACAGAAUAAGCUGGACUCCUCAUGAGCAUCGAGCAGCAGAUUUAAUUUUUUUUUUGUCAUAGAAGGCAGUGUAGUCCGAAAUCACAACUUACACGGCGUGUUCAAUUUGGCCGUGUUUGGGUCAGGUGUCGACGAGGUUCAUAGUUGUAGGAAGAUGAGAACAAGGCAGAUGCAGUGUGGUUUUUACUAUACUAGUAGGUGUGCUAGGAGGAAUCAGCCACGAUAGCUUACAUUGCAACACAAAUGAAAGUAGCGAGGAUGGUAUCUCAGUAUCUGCUA